CUACCACAACCGUUACACGUCUAUAUCUUACCAUCCCUUUAACACCCACCGCACACACACACACAGACACUCCGGUCUACUCUGCCAUGUUCCGUCAAGCCCUGUCCCACCUUCAGCGGAAGAUCCCCUUCUACCCGACGAACCCAAAGAACCCGGUGGUCUUCUUUGACGUCACCGUCGGCGCACAGCCCGCGGGCCGUGUCACCAUGGAGCUCUUCGCGGACGUCGUGCCGAAGACCGCGGAGAACUUCCGGGCGCUUUGCACGGGCGAAAAGGGGGUGGGCCGCGCGGGCCGUCCGCUGUGGUACAAAGGCAGUACCUUCCACCGGGUCAUCCCGAACUUCAUGUGUCAGGGCGGCGACUUCACGGCGGGGAAUGGCACCGGCGGGGAGUCCAUCUACGGCGCGAAGUUCCCCGACGAAAGCUUCUCCGGCCGCGCGGGGAAGCACUUCGGGCCCGGGACGCUCUCCAUGGCGAACGCUGGACCCAACACGAACGGCUCGCAGUUCUUCAUCUGCACGGCGAACACGGAGUGGUUGGAUGGGAAGCAUGUCGUGUUUGGGCAGGUCAUCGAUGGGUAUGAUGUGGUGUUGAAGAUGGAGGAGCAGGGAAGUCGAAACGGCGGGACGCGGGUGCCGAUUAAGAUUUCGGACUGUGGUGAGAUCAAGCCGGAUCCUGCGCAGGGCGGCCAAUAAAUAAAAGGGAGUCUCAAUAGUGAAGUACCUUGCACAUCACGCCACUUUAUCAUAACCUUUUUUAUUAUUAAUAUUAUUAUUAUUAAUAGUUCACAUAACGAAGUUCAGAUGUUGAAGAGGUCGUCUGAUCCUGUGUAAAAUUAUAAGCAGGAAGCAGACAACCGACCGCCAGAUGCAUUUUUAUUUUUGAAAGAGGAAAAAAGGGAAAAGUAACAAAAAGGAGGACAAUUCUAUGGAAUUUUAGAAGUAAGACUGAGCAACCUAAGAAGAGAACUGUAUUACUAUGUAAUAUUCCAUGGCUUAGCCUCCCUAUGCUGUACGCUUUUUUAUUUAUCCUA